GACGCUCAUAUAUCGUGUGUUAGAUGUAUGUAUCUGCUGUGUGUAACACUCGCUGCUGGAACAAGUGUUUUCAUUUCCCCAUACAGGAUUAAACCAGUUUAUCUCCUCUAAUGAUCCAGCUCGUACUUUUAGUCCGUGAUCAUGAUUUUAAAACAAAAAAAAAAGGCGCAGCUCCUCAUGUUCUGUGAACAUUAUGUGCUCAUGAAUAUAGAAAAAGAAAUGUGAGAAAUGAAAAACAUGGGGGGAAAAAAAACAAAACAACAGUCAUACCACUUUGUGUGGACAGAGUCAUGUGAGGGCGUGACUCUUCGGCAGUAGUACUUGAGCAUGUAAGUGAUUUAUUGUGAGCCUGUAAGAGGACCUGGACUCUAGGAGACCUCAGGUGAGCCCGUUGCCUUCAAAACCGUUUGAUUGACAGGGACACUGGUUAAACCCCGCCCCUCUCGCGCGCCGGAUGGUUGUGCAUCCCGGAGCGGAUCACGUGCUCCUCUUACUGUUUUGUCUGCAUUGUUUGCGGAUUGCUUUCUGCACACCUGAAUAUCACAAACUUUUUCUUUUUUUAUUUUUUAGAAGGAAUCUCAAUUCCCCCAUCACGCGCUGCAUUUAUACAUAUAAUUAUAUAUCAUCUUAUUUAUUAUUAUUAUUAUUUAUCCCCCACAUGACACACACUCGUCAUAAACUCCACCUCAGGGACGUGUGGAAGGUGUAUGUCGCUCAAUAAAUGUCUGAUAUAUAUGUAAUAUAUAUCUAUCUGCGGCGCUGUUCGUUUUAAAUCGGUGAUGCAAGCAGCAUGCAACAUAUCCAUCCGUCCCCAUGCUCUCCGGAGAGCGCGCGCGCUCCAGAUCCAGUCCGGCUUUUGCUUUCACCGUGUCUCUCAGAGCGCUCGCGCGCAGAGCAGGACACAGAUCUGCAGACGCGACGUGUUCACGAGCAGCGCGUGAAGUGUGAUAUAUUUAUCUUCUUCUUUCUUUUCUUUUUCUUUUUUGGACACGUGUUUAAUGAGAGUGCAAAUAACAUUGAGGACGCGGCGGUUGAACCCGAAAGCGCGCGCGCGCGCGAGUGAGCGUCGCGGAGGAGGGAGAGAGAGCGAGAGAGAGAGAGAGACACGCGCGCGCACUCACGCACGCACACGCACAAUAGGCAGCAGCACUCAAUUGACCGGGACGCGCACACAGUCCGAGGUGAUUUUCUCUCAAGAUGGACAGCACGGCCGCGGGACACGUAACCGGAGCGUUCACCAGCGCGAGCGCGUUCUCUUAGACCCGGGACAGUCCUGUGAGCCGGUGGAGUUUAGGACGUUAUUCUUUUUGUAAAGUGACCGUCACUCCAGAGAGUUUAAACAUCCCGACCUCCUACUGGAAUCCUACUGUUUAUUAUUAUUAUUAUUAUUAUUAUUAUUAUUAUUAUUAGUGGUGCUCUGUAUUAUUGACCUGUUUUCGGAAUGUUCCUCCGUCUUCAUUGAACCCUGUUUACAUUGGCGUAUAAAAUACAUUUUUUUUUCCUAUGACUGUUGUGUCUGAAGAAUGUACCUGCUUGAUGGAAAUUGCGUGGAGAGAAUGGAUCGGGGCACGCCGCAAAGGAAAACCGUGUACAGGAUCUCUCUCACCUUGGUGAAAAGGGAGAGCUUGCAAGAAGGUGGCGGUGCGGCUGCGAUGCACCGACGGCUGGAGAACCCCAAGGUGGGUGCGUAUCGGAGGGAAGGGUCUGUAGAGAUCCAGCGCAGUUGUCUCCUGGAACAGGUCAAAGAAGUGGAGGACGAAAACGACGAGCUGUCUUCGCAGGCCUACCGGAACUUCCGAACAUUUAGCACCGGGCAGCUGGAACUCGGCAGGUCGAAAAUCACCCGAAAGGUGCUUAAUUUGCGAAGGGAUAACACGAUGGAGUCGAGCGAGAUGCGCACCGGGACGUCGCCAGAGGAUGCUCGAAGAUCGGACCGGAUGGAAAAUGGCGCUCAUUUGCGUGAAAGUAAUGUGCUAGGAAAAGCUGGGGAUGAGAGUAAUGGAAUUAAAGAUGUUGAGACUGAGGUAAGCUGCAGAGGAGCUGCUGGCAACGGGGAAAAUGUGGGUGUUAAAAUGAACAGAAUCCUCCAGACUUCCAGGAGUGCUGAAGAGCAGGUCAGCAGAUGUGCUGCUGAGGAUCAGGCAUCUGGAGAAGGUGGCAGUCUUCCCAAGGACAACAGCCUUGCUUCUUUGCUUGCCAAAGAGAACGGAAGUCCUGCGAAGCAGGCGCCCCAGACCCCGCCGGUUAAGAGGCACCCGAGCUUGCUGCGUCGGAGUUUCAGCUUUCGCCACUGGGCAGGAGGGGAGCUGCUGCGGCUCCGAGCCCUCUCCAAAGAGAAGCAUCACAGCAGCUCGGGCUGCAUUGGGCGUGAUGAGACCCAGACUCGGUCCUCCGUGGUCCUGCAGAAACCAGCCGUCGAGGAGUCUGUCAAGGACGGCGCUCUAGACGUGGACGAGGUCUUUGUUCAGCUGGACUCCUCGAAAGAUCCCAGCCGCAGGGACCGCGCCAAGGGUAAAAACCGCACGCUGGACAACAGCGAUCUCCUCAGGCUCUCUGAGAAACCCCUGGUAGAGAAAGAGAGCUUUCUCCGAACAGCCGGCCUUCGCGCCAGCGGCCAGGAGCGCAGGCUUCUUCGCUUCUUCAGCGGGAUCUUCGUAAAGAAGGACAGUACCUCCACGCCCGUGAGCAGCCCCAGCAAUCGUUCCCUUUUCAAGAAUGGCCUGAUGAGCUCCCAGAGGAGGGCCGUCAAGGGCUCCUCACAGUCCAGCACCGAGAGUGUGAACGGCUUCCUGCGGGACGAUGCCUUCGUGAACAGCCAGGAGUGGACCCUAAGUCGCUCAGUACCAGACCUCAAAGUGGGUAUUGUGGGGAACUUGGCCAGUGGGAAGUCUGCUCUGGUGCACAGGUAUCUGACGGGGACGUACGUUCAGGAAGAGAGCCCAGAAGCUGACGUGGAUGCAGGCGGACGCUUCAAAAAGGAGAUCGUCGUUGACGGACAGAGCUAUCUCCUCCUUAUCAGGGAUGAAGGGGGCCCUCCGGAGGCUCAGUUUGCGUUGUGGGUGGAUGCAGUGAUAUUUGUCUUUAGUCUAGAGGAUGAGAUCAGCUUUCAGACCGUGUAUCACUACUACAGCCGCAUGGCAAACUACCGCAACACUGCUGACGUGCCCCUGGUGCUAGUGGGAACUCAGGAUGCUAUAAGUGCAGCUAACCCUCGUGUCAUCGAUGACGCUCGGGCACGCAAGCUCUCCAACGACCUGAAGAGAUGCACAUACUAUGAAACGUGCGCCACCUACGGCCUUAACGUGGAGCGCGUCUUUCAGGACGUGGCUCAGAAGAUUGUUGCAAACCGGAAGAAGCAGCAACUAUCGAUCGGGCCUUGCAAGUCUCUCCCCAAUUCUCCCAGCCACUCCUCGGUGUGUGCAGCACCCGUCGCUGCAGUACACAUAGCUCAGACCAGUAACGGAGGAGGCAGUCUGAGCGAUUACUCCUCCUCCGUGCCCUCGACUCCCAGCACAAGCCAGAAGGAGCUACGCAUCGACGUGCCUCAGACGGCCAACACCCCGACACCAGUGCGCAAGCAGUCCAAACGUCGCUCCAACCUGUUCACGUCUCGCAAGGCAAGCGAACCAGACAAGGAGAAGAAAGGACUCGAGGGCCGAGCGGACAGUAUCGGAAGCGGCCGCGCAAUCCCAAUUAAGCAGGGAAUGCUCAUGAAGAGGAGUGGCAAGUCGCUAAACAAAGAGUGGAAGAAGAAGUACGUCACCCUCUGCGACAACGGAGUUCUGACCUACCACCCCAGCCUGCAUGACUACAUGCAGAACGUACAUGGGAAAGAGAUCGACCUGCUGCGCACUACAGUCAAGGUGCCAGGGAAAAGACCCCCGAGGGCCAUCUCUACCUGCGCCGCGUCCGGCCCCAAAACUAACGGCCUUGCCAAGGACAUGAGCAACUUACAGCUAGCACAGGCUCCAGGCUCUGUGAGCAGCAGCUCUUCCGCGUCUCAGAUGGCAAGCGGGAUCAGUCUGGUGUCCUUUAACAGCCGGCCGGACGGCAUGCAUCAGCGCUCGUACUCGGUGUCCAGCGCCGACCAGUGGAGCGACGCCACCGUCAUCGCCAACUCGGGGGUCAGCACAGAUACUGGUCUGGGAGACUCGGUUUGCUCCAGUCCCAGUAUAUCCAGCACUACCAGUCCUAAGAUGGACCCUCCUCCAUCGCCACACGCCAACCGCAAGAAACACCGCCGGAAGAAGAGCACCAGCAAUUUCAAAGCUGAUGUCUUCUCCGGUACAGCGGAAGAGCAAGAAGAGAAUUUUGAGUUCAUCAUUGUGUCACUGACGGGUCAGACAUGGCAUUUUGAAGCAACUUCAUAUGAGGAGCGCGACGCCUGGGUGCAGGCCAUCGAGAGCCAGAUCCUGGCCAGCCUGCAGUCCUGUGAGAGCAGCAAGCAGAAGUCACGUCUGACCAGCCAGUCUGAAGCAAUUGCACUGCAGUCAGUCAGGAAUAUGAGAGGAAACUCUCGCUGCGUGGACUGCGAGGCCCAAAACCCUGACUGGGCCAGCCUGAACCUCGGAGCUCUCAUCUGUAUUGAGUGUUCAGGUAUCCACCGGAACCUCGGCACUCACCUGUCCCGUGUGCGCUCUCUCGACCUGGACGAGUGGCCUCUCGAGCUCAUCAAGGUCAUGUCUGCCAUCGGCAAUGACCUGGCCAAUACUGUGUGGGAGGCCAAUGCACAGGGGCGACUAAAGCUUGCACCUGACGCCAGCAGGGAGGAGCGUGAACGCUGGAUCCGGGCUAAGUACGAGCAGAAGAUGUUUGUGGCGUCUCUGCCGUGUGUGGAGCUGACGCUCGGGCAACAGCUGCUGCGUGCUACCGCCGAAGAGGACCUGCGCUUAGUGGUGCUGCUGCUCGCACACGGCUCGCGAGAUGAGGUGAACGAGACGUGCGGUGAGGGAGAUGGCCGCACUGCGCUACAUCUGGCCUGCCGUAAGGGCAGUGUGGUGAUCACGCAGCUCCUCAUCUGGUAUGGAGUAGACAUCAUGGCGCGUGACGCCCACGGCAACACGGCGCUGGCGUACGCACGCCAAGCCAACAGUCAGGAGUGUGUGGACGUGUUACUGCAGUACGGCUGCCCGGACGAGCGCUACCCGCUCAUGGCCACGCCCAACCUUUCACGCAGAAACAACAACCGCAACAACAGCUGCAGCAGCACAGGAAGCACCGCCCUUAUCUGACACACACACACACCCUACAUACUCAGAAAUAAACUCACAUACACAGCCAUUUGCAUACACACACACACACACACCCUCACACUAGCACAAAGACACACAGCUCAUCCUCCUCUUUACUAGACGCAGAGAACGACUGACCAUGAUGAUGAAGAUGGAACACUAACAGAACCACUGAGUUUGCACUCGCACUGCCACUAGCUUGUCUUGAGGGUGUUCGUCCUUCCUAGCCAAUCACACAGUCACUCUUACGUCAGGUGACCUGUGUUGGGAGAGUGCCCCGUCCCAGGUCUUCUGGCUGCAUAGCAGCAACGCUGCUGCCUCCGUCCACAAAUGCUGCAAGAUGCAUGAUGGGAGAUGAAGAAGGCGGGGUUAAACCGGGAGCUCAAUGAAUGGCAGGAGACACGUCCGUUUAGACUGCUCCAAGCGACCGGGUCCUCGUGUCGUCUUUCUGCGCGGCUUCUUGCGAGACUGAAAUGGACAGGAAGUGACGCCGGAUCAGUCCCAGAGAUCCUAGAGAACUUGAGCAGUGCUUUCCUGCUUGGUGCUUUUGAAUGCACGUGCUCCGUGUCCUCACCUACUUUUGGCCUCCGCUUCCCCUUUCGGACGAGAGUUUAGUAAAACUGUGUGAAUAUCUGCCCAAUUUCUUUCCCUCUUUUGGUUAAAGUAAUGUGAAAAGACAAUGUCUCAAAGACCUUUUGGAAAACAUCCGAAUAUCACAAGGGUGACAACAUGAAGAGGCUUUUUUUAUUAUUAUUAUUAUUAUUAUUAUUGUUUUUUGAUUGUGAGCGAGUUGGGCAUUUGUGGACCAUGUGAAAAUUGAAAUCUAAUCUGCGUGAAUGGAUGGCACUAGCGUUGUGCUGAAAACUUUUAUUAUUCCGUCGUCUGUUUCGCAGAACUGAAAGGAAUUUCCUACCUGAUUAAUGUCGUCGUUUGUUUUUUUUUCCCUCCCCUCGGCUGCUAACCAACCGCAUGCUUCUUUUUCCGCUGCAAACGAUCAGGUCUUAUUUAGCUGACGAGUCGCGUGAUGACUGACACUAAAGUGACGAGCUUCCGACUCGUCUCGACUGACCGUGUGUGUGUGUGCGCGUGCGUGCAUGAGGCCGAGAGAUUGCAGAGAGUCUUUCUUAUUCACUUUAGCCAUAUUGAUAAUAUUGAUCAAUACAGACUCGUUUCCAAAUGAGGCGACUGGAGCAGGAUCUGACCUCGCAGGCUCGUCGAUAUCAAACGCGCAGUGUCUGCAGUUCCCUCCGUGCUUGAUGACGGAAACAUUAGCGAGGGGGAGAGCCUGCAGCCUCAUUUACCUGUUCUUGCUCAAUAUUAGGUACUCAGGAGAAGCAGGAGAACUCUCCUCUCCAUAUGCUACUUACUUAUUAAUGCCAGAGACUCUUGCACACGUGUGUGUGAGAACGUGAGCGAACGUCGCUUGAGAUGUGCAUACAUUACCCACUCAUUGCUGAGGCCUUGGAGUGCGGAGCCCUGUUCGGCUCAGUGAAGAGAUGGCGCGUCUUUUCCUGUCGGUUUGUCUUCUAUAGAAACUCUUUGGUGGUCAGCUUGGUGAAAAUGAAGGGAAUAUGGUUUUCUUUCCCCCGAAAAAGGCCUUUUAAUGUUCUAGCCUGACUUCCUUGGGCUUGAUGGCAGGCUGUGUCAAUUGAUCAUGCGUGCGUGCGUGUGUGUGUGAGAGAACUAGCCCUCUCUAAUCUUUGUCUCGUUCCCCGAGUGUCUCGUUCUUGACGUCUUUAACGUCCCGUCUCGAGUCGUGUGUUUGUGCUGUACAGGCUCGAGCCCUGACUGACCUGUAUUUAAGCAAUACAAAGCCAGACGAAAGCCAGGCGACUAUCUGAAGUAAUAAUUUUCCCACACCAGUAUUGGCUGCUGUGUGGCUCUGAGAAAUGCAAGACUCUGUUUCAGGUCAUACGUCAUUACGGACGUCGCGUUUAGAAACACGACGCCGCUAGCCUUAGGGUUCGUCGUUGAGCAGGUAACACAAGUCUUUAAGUAGGAAGUAGGAAGAUGUCCGACCUGCCAGGGUUGCUUCAUGGGUUGGAGGGUCGUGUAAGGACGAGGCCUCGUCUCAAAAACCCCUGCGUGUCUUCUAAAGGGCACUACGGGGUGAGACGCGGGUUACAGAGAGUGUACAGAGUUUAUCCAUAGAGCUAAGAUGUAAAGUGUUUGUAUAUAAUGUAGCAGAUCUGUAGAAGUCUCAGCACCAUACACAGUUAUUUAUGACACAGUGCUUUAACGCACACACACACACACACACACACAUUCUAAUUCUAAUAACCAACCCACACUUAUCGCACCCACUUCAUGUCCUUUCUGUGAAAGCCUGACUUUUUGUUUUUUGGCCCCUUUUUUUUUUUUUUCUUUCCCCGCAUGCAUGAAUGUAAAUUUCCUCAUAAAUGACUGACGGGUGAUCAUUUAACCGGAUACCUUUUCUGACGUCGCCUGAUUGACCUUUUUGUUUAUCUUUGGGAAGGUAACAUUUCAAAUAGUGGUCAGUUUCACUCGUCGUAUGACCGUAUGAUCUAGAACUGGAAAAAGAAUGAAGGAGUCGCACAGCCACCUACUCAACCAAUAGCGUAAGAGCAACCAAAGCAGACUCGGAUCUGAGCGAUCGCGGGUUUCUAAGUCCUGUUUUCAGCUGCUUACAUGCAUCCAUGAUUUUAGAUCAGUAUCUGCUUGCCAUGUAGCUGUCACGUUCUGUACAUAGCUGUAAAAAAAAAUAAAAUAAAUAAUAAUAAUAAAGAAAAAAAAAGGGUGAAACAUCAUGUUUUUGCUUUGUUGUUGUUGUUGUUGUUUUUCUUUUAAUUGUUUUUAUUACCUCAUUUUGUCGACAGUAUCCUUGAUGCGUCCAGACCCGAGAGACCUGAUUAUUUAUGAGCGAAUAUGCUAAUCUAAAAGGGGAGGGGCUCUCACACUACUUUUCUUUUUUGUAUUGGCAUCACAAUUACGUCAUUUAUGAUUCCGAUUGUCCUUGUUGUAUAUCUAAUGAUUAUUAUUAUUAUUAUUAUUAUUAUUAUUAUUGAGUUUGUGUCAGCUGUACAGUUCUGUGUUGAAAAAUUAUACCUGAUGCAGAGUCUUAUACUGUAACGUGUCUCCUUUCAAUAAAGAAAAUUACUUCGUAAUAUAA